CACAGAGGCUGAAGCUGGAACUUUAACUACACCGAGUCAACACAUCCAUCACCGCCACGGAGAGGUUCUGGGAAACUUCCCGUGAUUUUGUGGAUUUCUCUCCUGCAGCCGGCUCGUCAGAGUCACUGAGAGCUGGUUGCUUUUUAUUUUUUUAAUUCUAUCUAUUCGGAGAACAAAAAGGACAAAUGUGUUUAUUUUCAACAAAAUGGAGUCGCUACAGGUUGGAUUUUCAGGCAUGAUUCRGACUUUAACAGCUACAAAAAUCCCUGCAGUUAUUUCAUUAGAUGUGUUCAUGCAUGUCUUUUGAGUGCCUGAAUAGUACCGCCUUGGUUUGUUUUAUUUUUAGGUUUCUCCUAUAAUAAUGUGAAGAUUUGCCAUGUUCCUCUUUUCUGUUUUUAUGAGCACAUUCGACUCAGCAAACAAAGCAGCCAAAGUUUUCCUGGAAGAGCUAAACURAGACUUAAUACUGACAGCGUUAUUCUUAAUUAUAUUGGUGAUUUGAGACCUAAAAACACUUUAAAGUGUUCAAUAAAUUUCCUGACCAAUGCUACAAUGCCUCAGGAAAGUGAAAAACUUUUCACCCUGUUCAGAAACUUGCUUUCUGGGGAAGAAGAAGCAGAAAGAGAUGCACCUUUGAUGCCAGGAGGAGAGAAAAGUAGAGCUUUAAACAUUGAUAAAAAGAGCGUCAACAUGAAAGAAGUUAUCGACUGUGAUGAAGAGGAUUCAUCACUGGACAAACAUCAUAUUUCAACUGUUGACACCGAACUAAACGAGACAAACAGCCGUGAAACUGCAGAAGAUGAGUCUGAAAAAGACAUAMAAAUAAAAACCAAACAUCCUAUAAUAAUCGUGAAAGUUACGGGACUCCAGGUUCAAGGACAGGAAGCAGAAAUGGAUGGAGACGAAGACGAGGUGAAAUGCCUGAAAGAUGAAGAAGAGAAGGAAAAAGAUUUGUCUCCAGACUCCUGCCAAACUAAUAUUUUUUCAAAUAUCAGCUUGAGAUCUGCAACCCACGUGUCUGAUCUUUCACCUGGACCCACCCUCACCAGAGCCACGUUCUCCCCAGGCGAGAAACCAAACCAGCUUCCUGCUCUGUUCAGCGGUCUGAGGGGUCUCAAGAAGGGGGUCGGCGGGCCGGAGCAGGACUCCGUGGCUCAGAAUAAAACAUCUCCUCAGGAUGUGAAAAAGUCCAUUUUCACAGAUAAACAGGAUGACGUAAAGACUCAGGGGGGCUUCCUGGACCAGAUCACCCAGCUUCUGAGUCGGGAAAAGAGGGCGGAGGAGAAACAAGGACCAGAUGUGGGGUCUGAACCAAACCAGGGUGAAAUCAAUCCAACCAAGGCGAAUGAAAAUGAGAGAAAUGAACCUAAAUCAGACAAGGAUUCAAAAGGUUCAGAGUGGGUCGAACCGACCAAACCCGUGUCCAGUGCAGAAGCAGCUUUUGAUGCCUUCAAGGCCUUUUUCACCCCAAAACCUUUGAAGAAAGACUCGGGAGAAAAGGCCGACCUGGAGGCCACGAGGAAGAGGAUGAGAAACGACAGGGAUGUACUGAAGACGUUUUUUGAGAAAACUUCCAAAAACUCAUCAGAGAAGGAGACGUCUGACGUCAGAACUGAGCCAUCCACUCCAGGAGAGGAGAGGACGCCCGGACGUCUUCAAGCUGUCUGGCCGCCUCUCAAGGAGGAAAAGGUUGGGUUGAAGUAUACUGAAGCAGAGCACCAGGCAGAUCUCCUGCAGCUAAAGAGAGAAUGCAAAGAAGAGCUGGAGAAGUUACAGAAGAAUUAUGAGCUGCAGCUCUCCACCCUGAGGGAGGAGAACAGGAGCAGCGUCACUCAUCUGGAGGUCGUUCUGGCUGAGCUGCAGGACCAACUCUGCCAGGUUUGGACUCAGAGAGAACAGAGAGACGCUGCCGUUUCCACAACAGGCGACGUUUUACACAAAACUUUCCACACCAUUGGCGUCCAGACAGACAGAGACACUUUCGUCAAAAAUACUGAGGAAGAAGAGGAGAUCAGGAGAACUGAUAUGAAAGUUUCAAAGAAACUGGACCUGUUUUCCAUCGGCCUCAGCCUGGCCGGUCAGAGGGACGACAGCUCGUCCUCUCCUUCAUCACCUCUGACUUCAGUUCAGACGUUUCCAACAGCAGAUUCAGAAGCUCCUUCUCAGAUCACACCGACCAAAGGCAACACUCCUUCCCUUCCUCCUCCUCCUCCUCCACCCCCACCUCCUCCAUGUAAUGCUGCUCCCCCUCCACCUCCUCCACCAGGUGGAGCUCUCAUUCUUGAUAAACCCCCAAGGAAACCAGCGGUGGAGCCUUCCCGCCCCAUGAAGCCUCUUUACUGGACCAGAAUCCAGAUCCAGGAUGAAAACAACAAGUCACUUUGGAACAUCUUGGACGAACCAAAAAUAAUCAAUGCCAACGAGUUUGAGGAUCUCUUUGCUAAAAGUGCAGCGAAGGCUAAAAGAAAGCCUCUCUCUGAGGCUUAUGAGAAGAAAGCCAAAACCAAAAAGAUCAUUAAGCUGUUGGACAGCAAGCGUUCCCAGGCAGUGGGCAUUCUCAUAUCGAGCCUCCACCUGGAGAUGAAAGACAUCCAGCAAGCUGUACUGACCGUGGACCAUUCUGUGGUGGACCUGGACGCCAUCGAAGCACUUUAUGAAAACAGAGCACAACCAGAAGAGCUGGAGAAGAUCAGAAAACACUACGAGACGUCAGAGGAAGAGGACGUUAAACUGCUGGACAAACCUGAGCAGUUCCUGUAUGAGCUGUCUCAGAUCCACGACUUCACAGGCAGAGCUUGGUGUAUCAUUUUCAAGUCAGCCUUCGUCGAUGGGAUCACCGCCAUUAAACGCAAGCUCAACUCUGUCUCCUCAGUGUGUGAGGUUCUGCUGGAAAGCAACAGUGUCAGGGAGGUGAUAGGACUAGUGUUGGCUCUGGGGAACCACAUGAACGGAGGCAGCAGGAUCAGAGGUCAAGCCGACGGUUUUGGGAUGGAAAUCCUCCCCAAAUUAAAAGAUGUCAAAAGCAAGGACAAUCGGAUCAGCCUGGUGGACUAUGUGGUGUCGUACUACCUGCACAACAUAGACAAGAACUCGGGCACAGACAAGAGCAUCUUUCCUGUCCCCGAGCCUCAGGACGUCUUUGUGGCAGCUCAGGUGAAGUUCGACGACCUCAGCAGAGACCUUCAACAGCUCAAAGCAGAUCUGACAAGAUGUGAGAAAAGUGUGGAGAAAGUGUGUUCAGACUCUCCAGACGAGCUCCUGCAGCCGUUUAAAGACAAGAUGGAGAUUUUUGUUCUGACCGCACAAAAGGAGCACGCAGACGCUUCCUAUCAGCUGAUGAACGUACAGAAAAGUUUCCAGGACCUGGUUCUGUACUUCGGACUGAAACCCAAACCAGGRGAGAAGGAGGUGACGGCCGGACACCUGUUCAUGCUCUGGUUCGAGUUCUGCGCCGAUUUUAAGGCCAGAUGGAAGCGAGAGAACAAGAACAUCUCCAAAGACAGGUUAAAAGAAGCUCAGCUGUCAGUGAAGAGGAUCACAGCAGAGAAGAAGGUGGAGACGAGGAGGAUCAACCCCAACAGCCUGGUGAGACUCCGGCCUCACAGUUUAAACACGACUUUACACCAGAUUUCAACCCAACUCUUUGUCCCACAGAAAGACCGGCUGCGUCAGAAAGAGACCAACACGUCUGCAACUUAAUAAAUCAGGACGUAAUAAAACGACGAAGCUGGACCGGAUCAGGGAAACCAAAGCAGCAUUUAAAUGUGUCUGAUUUGUCCUUUUGUUUUCAUAAACAAUAUGUAAAUAUUUUAGUGUUUAUUUCCUAAAUGAAGACAUUUUGAUUAGAUUUUUUSUAAAAGUUUUACUUUGUUUUUCCAGAAAUAAAAGCUCUGAUCAGAUCAGUAAGAA